UCGAGCAUUGCGUUCUCCAUGUGAUCGCGGCCUCGAGUGAUGUUAGUCUCACAGGACGAAGGGCACACGAAGCGAAGCCUGAAAAGUCUAGCGAAGUUGCACGGAUACUCAUUAAUUAAUGAUGAAUCGUCCGGGUGACGGCAACGUCGAGGCACACUCCCAGUCGCAUUCUUACGUGAAACAAGAGGCUGUCAGCUAUGGGUAUGACGCCUCGUCUUACCUCAACUACGCGAGCGCAACCCCGACGAGCCUCAACCAGCCCUUACCGGGACAGCCACCCCUACCACCCAUGCCACCACCGCAAGCCUCGGUGCCGCCACCUCCGGCGAUGUUUGCUCAAGUUCCACAGAUUCAUACCUGGCCGCACGCAACUGCCUGGCAAUGGAUAACUCCUCAGACCGCUCAACAACUGACACAGCACGCUCACAGAGAUCUGACCGCGUUUCAAAAGGAGGUGCCGGCCAGGAACAAUUACGUUAAAAGGGAGAGGUACAACCACAACCGGAACAAUGUGUACCAGCACCAGCAGAGGGGCAAGUACUAUCGCAAUAACAGGAGGUUGCAGAGGUACGACCACAUUCAGGGACAGUACGAUCAAGCUUCUUACUACGGAGCUACUGCUGCGAUGACCAGUCAAGCUCUUGGUCUGGACUGGCAGAAAAGCAAGGAAACUGUGUUGAGUCACAUGCAGCUGCCAAUAAAUCAGUCCAUUGGUGUCACGAAACAGGAGAACUGUGGGGAUCAGAAUAAAAGGGAUGAUACAGGAGGGCAUAAGAAGAGUAAGCAGAGAAAGCCAAUGUCGGUGAGCUAUCCGACCCGCGCCUGGAAUCAAGAAGAUGCAGAAAAAGCUUUGAAGACCGAGAACGAGCACAACAGAUCUGUGCGAGCUCAGAGCUUGAUAAUCAAAUUUCCAGAUCCUGAACUGAACAAAGAAAUAGUCAGAAAUUUUCAUUCGUCAAUUCAAAACAUACAUUUUCAAAGUCCAAGUGGGGCUAGGUAUUGCUUUGUACAGAUGUCAGAAGGUACAGAUAUUGAUGAAGCUAUCAAGGAGUUGGAAAAAAUCUAUUUUGGUUGUGGAUAUUUAAAAGUAGAAAGAAAAUCUCUCAGGGAUGAAGAUAAUCCUGUUCCUCAAGAAAUCGAUCCUUAUACACUUUACAUAGGAAACUUACCAGAAUCGGUGAAUGUUAACGAAGUCAAAAGUAAAUUUCCCUCUGCAGUUAGAGUUGACGUAGGAUAUGCGCAAAAAAUGCGAAACACACGAUAUGCUUUCAUAAGAUACAACUCUGUAGACGAAUCGAUAACAGCUUACAAAGCAGCCCAUAGUUUAAUGUGGGAAGGUAGAAGUAUUAUUGUGAGGUUCAGGCGGCAGAGAGGUAACAACUGUCCUGGUGAACCAAAAACAAAUCCAAAGAUUAAAAACGAGGCUGAAAAAUCGACGGCUAGUGAUAGUAUUAGUACUAAAGUUAGUGAGAAGCAACCAAUUGAUACAAAACAAAAUAAGCAUAUCACAUCUGCAAAUCCAAAUAUGAAAAGCGGUAUUGAUGUCGAUUUAACUGGCGAUGUUGAGUCGACGUCUAUCAAACAUACCAACAUACCUGCAGAAAAUCUACAAAUCAGUCACUCAGUGUCUUCCCGAGAAACUGCACUAGACGACACGUUAUUAGAACCAACAGAUAGUACCCAAAACAAUGCUGAUUUUAUAACGGAGAUUAAAAAAGAGCCAGUUGAUUACGAAGAGUUGAACGAAAUAUCGGUAGAGGAAGAAGAAGAUGAUGAUGACGACGACGACGACGAUGAAGACGAUGAAGGUGAAUUGUACCCAGAUAUGGAUUAUGGUAAUUUUGAUGACGAUAGCACUGAAGAUAAUGUUAGUACAUACAAAGAGCUGACAAGCGACAGUCCUGGUAAAACAUCUGAUGACGAUGUUCCAUCAGACAAUCUUGACACAAUUUUCAAAGAUUUAGUGAACACUGCAAGUGAUAUUGGAGUGCAUGACUUCUGAAAAACUAAAUUCAAAGACCUAUUUGAUGUACUCGUCAUCAAGUUGGAUGCCAUAUGAUUUUCUUGUUGUAAAGAAAACAAAACAAAAAACUUGCCCUGUUUUUAGUAUAAUUUGUACAUAUUUGUAAUGUAAUUGUAUUAUAUAAAUAUUGCGACAUUACGUGUUAGGAUAUAAGUUUGUGCCACAUUGUGUCGAUGUCUUUUCUUUUUUUUUUUUUUUUUUAACAAAGUACCUUAUAUUCUUAUUCCACUUGUUCUAUGUAAGGUACCAUAUACACACCUCUCAAAUAUUGAUGACAAUUAUAUUUUUUUAUUUUGUCUAUCUCACUCACAACAUAUUUUUAGCUAUCUUGAAUCCUUGAACAAAAAACUUGACAACUGCUAAAUCUCAAUUUUCAUAGGUUGUUAAG